GUUGUUUUGCUUGUCACGCAUGCCAGCGACAGCGAUUGGGACGCAUGUGGUCUGGAUGUCAACGUGCGCAAUGGCGCUCUCGCCCGAAGGCGCGUUCCAGAAUGACACGCGACGAUUGCAGGCGGCGCACACCUUCCUGAUGUCCGAGCUGCACUGCCAGAGCUGCUGCAAGGAGGAAUGGCGCUCCUGUCUUUGCAUUCUGGGCUGCGAUGUGUUCCAGGGCCAGUGCGACGGAGUGGACGCGGUUGAGAGCUGCGACGUGCUGCGGCGAUGCUACGAGAGGGUGGAUGAGCUGUCGCCCAAGGGCUUUGACUUUGUCUUCCAGUGCAAGCUGAUGAAGUGCAUCGCCUUCUGCAUGAACCAAGAGCAAGUGUGCGCCCCCAUCCGCAACAGCUUUGUGGCAACCUGUCAGAAUACGCGGGAGAGCGAGCUUGAGUGUGAUGUGUACUGCUCCGCCGCGCAGAGCUUGCGGGCCCCGCUGUUUGCGUGGCUGCUCUUGCACUUGCUCUCCAGGAAGGGCCUGCCUGGUGCGAAGCUCUUCGAUGCUCUUCGCAACAUCGCAACGGCGCUCACCUGGUGACCGAUGCAGCGCGAAAAUCAGGGAGCGAACUGGUUUGGCUGCAUCGCAACCGACGUCAAGGGUCAUCCUAAAGCCGGG